UCGCUCUGCCCCGGGCUGGGCACCGGCACCGGACCGGGCCGGGCCGGGCGCGCAGGGAGGUAAACGCAUCGGCGGUUCCUCAACGCCGCAUUCGCCGGGCGUUGUGACGAUGAAUGACUGGGCCCCCAUAGCAAAGGAGUACGACCCCCUCAAAGCUGGCAGCAUUGAUGGCACGGAUGAAGAGCCCCACGACCGUGCCAUAUGGAGGGCUAUGCUGGCACGCUACGUACCCAACAAGGGAGUUACAGGAGAUCCUCACCUCACCCUGUUCGUAGCAAGGCUCAAUCUUCAGACAACAGAAGAGAAGAUAAAAGAGGUCUUUUCCCGAUAUGGAGACAUCAGAAAGAUCCGUCUGGUUCGAGACCUGGUCACAGGAUUUUCCAAGGGUUAUGCGUUUAUUGAGUACAAAGAGGAGCGUGCUCUCCUGAAGGCCCACAGAGACGCCAACAGGCUGGUUAUUGAUCAACAUGAGAUCUUUGUAGACUUUGAACUGGAAAGAACUCUCAAAGGAUGGAUUCCUCGGAGGCUUGGAGGUGGGUUUGGAGGCAAAAAAGAAUCCGGGCAGCUACGGUUUGGAGGACGGGACAGACCUUUCCGAAAACCCAUCAAUUUGCCAAACAUGAAAAAUGAUUUCUAUGGAGAAGGAUCGGCAGAGAAAAGAAACUGGUCUCGUGAGGGAACAAGGGACUGGAGAACAAGGGACCGGGACCAUGAAAGGAGCAGAGACAAGCGAUGGCCAGAAAGGGAGCGGUCGUGGACUUGGGGUGAAAGUGAGAGGGAGAGGGACUCCAAAGAGGAGAGGAGCAGAGGGAGGGAGAGGAAGGACAGAGACAGGAAGGACAGGGAUAGAGACCGGAGCAGGGAAAGAGAUACCAAGAAACAAAGAGAUGAUGACAAGCAUCGAUAGGCGACAGUGCCUUCUCCUUGGGCUAUGUUAUCUCCUCUUACAUCCACGCUGUUUCAGUUGGAGGUGUUGCCUUCAGCUUGGGGCUGUAAGCAGCAUUCCCAGAGCAAGCUGUGGCAUUACGGUCUUGUGCCUGCGACUCUCGCCUGCUAGAAGCUCUCGGUACUUUGGUUGCUAAUGCAGUUAAGAUAUGUGUUGAAUUGUUCUUCAGAGAAAAUAAACUUUUGUAUUAAUA